AUGGAACUUCGGCAGAAAGAGCUAGAGCGAGAGUUGGAAAAUUCGAUCGAGGAUGACCACCAAGAACAGAACACCUCUGGAGUUAAUGACGCAGAGGCUGGCAACUCUAAAGACACAAACUUGGCAAGAAGGGGUCGCGAUCGCAGCUAUUCACGCAGUGGUGAUGAGGAUGAGCGAGAAAAAAGUCCGGAAUCGACAGAAGUCAAAGAAAAGAGCGCUGAACAUGAGGAGGUGCACGAGAACAACGACGAGGACGAGGCGAUGGGCGAAGAGGAGAGAAUUCAACCAGACGAUGAGGCAAUGGAGAAGGACGACUAG